UUUGUAAUCCGGGUGGGUGUAGAGGAAUUGCUCCUCCCCCAAGCUCCGCAGGCAGUUUCCAUGGAGACCCGGGAUGACCGAGGGCAGUGAUUGGUGCAGAACCGUACUAAUCCCCUGGAAAGCCCUUAGAGAAUUGAGGCCGAGAUGGUGGGAGGUGUGCGCGGUCCGGAAGAUAGCGCUGCCGUCCAUCACCCCUGAGAAGCUUGCGCACGUCGACGGGAGCCCCGAUGCCUGGGCCAGAGGCGGGGAGCGCAGGAGCAGGCGUCCAGGAGUGUGACCUGAUCGUUGGGAACAACGCUAUCCCGGGGACCAGGGUGGAAACAGAUGAGGGUGGGAGAAGGACAAGGAGGCGCUCGGGCUGCUGCGUAGAGCAUUCUGGGAGAUAUAGUCCGGCUAGGGAAGGGAAGUCGGCGAAUUCGCACGCUCAGGAGCGGGAAAGCGGACCGGUGAGAGCUAAGGGGCAGACACUAGCCUCAGCCCAGACUGUCUUUCUGAUGAGGCCCGCAGCACUGGGAUCCCCAGGGCACACAGCCCCAGAAGACAAGAGACCCAUCAUGGUGAAGCUGGAGGACUCUGAGGAGGAAAAGGAGGAGACGACCCCAUGGGAUCCUGGCCCAGAGGCUGCACGCCAGUGUUUCUGGCACUUCCACUACGACGAGGCAGCAGGGCCCCGAGAGGCCUUGGCACUGCUCCGGAAGCUAUGCCACCAGUGGCUGCAGCCCAAGGUGCACUCCAAGGAGCAGAUGCUGGAACUACUGGUGCUGGAGCAGUUCCUGAGUGCACUGCCCACUGAGAUCCAGGCCCGAGUGCGGGAACAGCAGCCAGGCAGCCCUGAGGAGGCUGUGGCCCUUGUUGAGGAGCUGCGUCAGAAGCCAGGAGGACCCCGGAGAUGGGUCACAGUCCAGGUGCAGGGCCAGGAGGUGCUAUCAGAGAAGAUGGAGCUCUCUGACUUCCAGCCACUCCUUCAAACCAAGCCUAGAAUUACAGAACCUGGGCCUGAUACAACCCCUGGAGCCACACAGAGGUCACUGCUGAGUCUUCAUGUGAAAGAGGAGCCCGAGGUUACAGAGGACCCAGGUGAGGGCAGGCAAGAAUUUCUGGAUUCUGGGCCUCUAGCCAGCCCCCAGGAGGCCAAUUCCACCCUCCUGCUUGAGGAGGCCCAGGGCUGUGGGAUGGUGCUGGACCAGGCCUCUCUCCACAGCAAGACUGGGCCUAAGGGGCCCUCAUGGACAGAACUCCCUGGGGCCCUAUGGCAAGAACAACCUGGGAGCAUCUUCUCCCCAGGGUUUGCGCUCCAGAUGGACAGUGUCUCUGCUGGCCCAGGCACUGUGAGCCCCCAUCUCCACUGGGACCAUGGUGUGGCUGGCCUCACAGGCCAACUCCAGUCACCCUUGCAAGAAGGUGGCUUCUCACAUGCACUCGUGCUCCCCAGCGACCCAGGAGGUGAGCAGGACCCCACGGAUGAGGAUCCCCGCCAGGGUGUGGGCCGAAUAAUGACCACUAUCUGCUGGCCAGCCCCCAGGGGUCGGAGCCGAGGCCGUCCCAGCACAGGUGCCGGGGCAGUACGAGGUGGCCGUUGUGACGUGUGUGGGAAGGUGUUCAGCCAACGCAGCAACCUGCUGCGGCACCAGAAGAUACACACGGGAGAGCGGCCAUUUGUGUGUGGUGAGUGCGGCCGUGGCUUCAGCCGCAGCUCACACCUGCUGCGCCAUCAGCUCACGCACACGGAAGAGCGCCCAUUUGUCUGCGGCGACUGCGGCCAAGGAUUUGUGCGCAGCGCACGCCUGGAGGAGCACAGGCGUGUGCACACGGGCGAGCAGCCCUUCCAUUGCACCGACUGUGGCCAAAGCUUCCGGCAGCGCUCCAACCUGCUGCAGCACCGGCGCAUCCACGGUGAUCCUCCAGGUACCGGCACUGGACCCCCCACGCCUCCCAGUGUACCGGAGCCCCCAGGCCCCUUCCCUUGCAGCGAGUGCUGCGAGAGCUUUGCACGGCGUGCAGUGCUGCUGGAGCACCAGGCUGUGCACACGGGUGACAAAUCCUUCAGCUGCGUCGAGUGUGGCGAGCGCUUCGGACGCCGCUCUGUGCUGCUGCAGCACCGCCGAGUACACAGCGGUGAGCGGCCCUUCGCCUGUGCUGAAUGCGGCCAGAGCUUCCGGCAGCGCUCCAACCUCACGCAGCACCGGCGUAUCCACACCGGCGAGCGGCCCUUCGCCUGCACUGAGUGCGGUAAGGCCUUUCGCCAGCGGCCCACGCUCACACAACACCUGCGGGUACACACAGGCGAGAAGCCCUUCUCAUGCCCUGAGUGCGGCCAGCGCUUCAGCCAGCGUCUCAAGCUCACACGCCACCAGCGGACACACACUGGUGAGAAGCCCUACCACUGCGGUGAAUGCGACCUGGGCUUCACGCAGGUUUCAAGGCUCACGGAGCACCAGCGCAUCCACACAGGCGAGCGCCCCUUCUCCUGCCCCGAGUGCGGCCAGUGCUUCCGACAGCAUGCCAACCUCACACAGCACCGGCGCAUCCACACGGGAGAGCGGCCCUACCCCUGCCCCGAGUGCGGCAAGGCCUUCCGCCAGCGACCCACGCUCACGUAGCACCUGCGUACCCACCUGCAUGAAAAGCCCUUCUCCUGCCAGGACUGUGGCCGGCGCUUCCACCAGAGCACCAAGCUCAUCCAGCAUCAGCGUGUCCACAGUGCAGAGUAGCCAGGGCCCACUGACCCCUCUGUGUCCACCUCAGUUCUGUGUGUGUAGGGGGACACAGAGGGGGACAGAACACCUACCUUGCAGGGGUGUUGUGAGGCCUGCCAUCAUAUAGGUAUACACAGACUGGCCCAGGGCCUAAUCCCCCAGUAGGUGUUCAAUAAACAGUAGAAGGAACCUGGC